AUGCGCGCAUGGGGCUAUCUGCAUGUUUGGCUUCCACUGAUAUACAUACGUGCACGGCAGGUGCCACCCACCCCCGUUCCUUCCCUCCCGGGGACCCUCCAUCCCCAACCGGCAGGCGCGACCCGCCCCCGUUCCUUCCUUCCCGGGGGCCUCGCACCCAGGAACGGCAGGUGCCACCCACCCCCGUACCUUCCCUCCCGGGGACCCUCCAUCCCCAACCGGCAGGCACUAUCUACCUACCUCUGUAUUUUCCCCAAGUCCCCUCCGCGCCAACUGGUCUGGCGGUGGGCCACCCCAGGUCCAUUCGACCAGGGAGCCCGGGAGCCCCCUGCCCACGUGACCGUCCUGCCGCCCCUCGAGCCCCAGCGCGGCCAACUGGCCUGGUGGUGGGCCUUUGCCCCUUCCGGCGCCCACCCGCCCCCGUCCCUUUUGCUCCACGGGCCACCCACCCCCGGGCACGUGACCCUGAUAUCCGCCGCCCCAGGCCCCUUGCCCGCCAGGAAGGGCACCCCCCGGCCCGGCGACGCCCGCCCCGGGGGCCACAUGAGUGUGCGUGGGCAGGGGAGGGGUCCCGCGGAAAAAAUCCCGGUUGCCGUCUCCCGCGGCGCCAUCCACAAGUCGCUCCCCGCUGGCCAACUGGCCCAGCACCCGGCCAAACCGCGAAACCGCCCGUCCGGCCGGGCGAAUGGGUCCCCUUGCGGCCAACUGGCUCCGGCUUCCGCCAGAGGAGAAGGACCCCCAAGACCCCUCGGAGGGGAUCUCGGAAGCCAGAAGAAGGAACAGUGGUCUCCGGCAGGCGGUUGGCCUACCCGGUACCCUUUCCCCCCCCCUCCAAGCACCCGGCGCUGCCGAGCACGUUGA